AUGUCCACCACCGUCGAGACAGUGAGAGCAUCUGGCCGUCUUUUCGCCGGAGGGGUCGACGCCAAAUAUGGUGACUUCCGAGACGACCUCCUUCGCGACGGGUAUGCCGUCGUGAAGCAAGCUGUCCCGAGAGAGAAAGCAUUGGCCUAUUCCGAUGAGAUCUUCCAAUGGCUCGAGGACUUCGGCCUUGGCUUUCGACGCGAUGACCCCAAGACCGUGCACAAAGACUUCCUGCCCGACAUCAAUGAGAAAGGAAUGUGCUUGGGGUAUGGCGUGUCUCAUGAAUCUUUCACGUGGGCUGUCCGCCAGGAGCCCGGUGUUAUUGAGGCUUUUGAGAAGGUCUAUGACACCCAGGACCUGAUUGUCUCCUUUGAUUCUGUUAAUAUCUCGUUCCCCGGUCGAACAGACAUUAAGCCAAACAAGCCGUGGCCACACCAGGAUCAGGACCCCGAGAGACCUGGCUUCCGGUGUCUCCAGGGAUUGGUCAAUCUUCUGCCUAACGGGCCGAAAGAUGGAGGGUUGAUUGUCUGUCGGGGUGCGCAUUUGCUUAGCGAGGAGUUCCAUGAGGAAUUCAAGAAUGAGGAAGACAAGAUCUUUGCUUGGACCAAAGAAUGGUACGGGUUUACCGAAGCCGGCCUCAACUGGCUCAAAAAUAAGGGCAUGGAAUGGGUCAAGGUCACUGCCGAGCCGGGGGAUCUCAUUCUCUGGGACUCGAGAACCCCCCAUUAUAACGUUUCCUGUGAGGGUAAUUCGCCACGCCUCUGCGUGUACACGUGUUUCAUGCCAGUUGCAGAUGCCACGCAGGAGGACCUGAAGAGAAAGAAGAUUGCAUUUGAAAAUACUCGGAUGACAACCCAUUGGCCCAACGCCCUCAACUUGGUGGACUUGCCCGUGCUGAGAAACGGGGAGCCGGAUCCCUAUAAUCGAGCCUCUCCAAGACAGCCGGUAAAAUUGAGUGACCGGGGAUUCAGACUGACUGGAAUCCCGUAUAUCGAACCGACGGGCGCAGCUUGA